AUGACGUCCGCCGCCGCACCCUCCAAGCAGCAGCCAGCGCCGACCGACCCUCCCCAACAUCUCGCUGCACAACCUUCCUCGGCCGUUCCUCAGUCGCCCCCAACCAAGCGAGAUCUAAAGUCGUGGUGGAAGCGCUUUCAGGUUCAAUCCAAGCAUCAAGAGGCGCAUGAACCUCGUCCAGUAGCUUCUUCCAGCAGUGUCGCUGACCAAAUAGUCACAGAAAGCCGCCCCCAGGGCAUCUUUGGUGUCCCGCUGCGUCAGAGCAUCACAUAUGCCAAUGUGGCCAUCUCUCUUGUCGAUGACGACGGCAAGAGCUACAUCUAUGGCUAUGUCCCAAUUGUUGUUGCCAAAUGCGGAGUCUUUUUAAAGGAGAAAGCCACCAGCAUAGAAGGCAUCUUCCGUUUGAGCGGCUCCGAGAAGCGCAUCAAGGAACUGAAACAGGCAUUUGACUCCCCCGAUCGAUAUGGCAAGGGUCUCGUUUGGGACGGUUACACGGUGCACGACGCGGCUAACGUUCUUCGGCGCUACCUCAAUGACCUUCCCGAGCCUGUGGUUCCACUGGAUCUGUAUGAGAAAUUCCGACAGCCUCUAAAGGGACAUACCAAGCAGGCUGUAGGCGAUACCGAGGGCACUCAGCUGGCCGACAACUUCAACGAGGCCGAGGCUAUUGAAAAGUACCAGGAGCUCAUCAAGAUACUGCCUCCGCUGAAUCGCCAAUUGCUCCUCUACAUUCUCGAUCUACUCGCUGUUUUUGCUGCCAAGGCGGACGAGAAUCGCAUGACGGCGCAAAAUCUGGCUGCUAUUUUCCAGCCUGGAAUGCUCUCGCAUCCCAACCAUGCAAUGGCCCCAGAGGAAUACCGCCUCAAUCAGUGUGUCAUUAUUUUCCUAAUCGAAAACCAAGACCACUUCUUGAUAGGCAUGCAAGGCACGGCGGCAGAUGAAAAGACCAAGCAGGACAUUGAAAAGGGAACGCCCGUUAUAGUCGCACCUGUGACGCCAACCAAGAGCCGUAGUGCAGGACCUGUGAGAACCGCCUCCAAUGCUAGCGCGGGCGCCGAGAGUGUCAGUCGAGAUGGCAAGAUUCGUCGGAACAGAUCAGUGUCCUCGAGGCACUCACGCCAAUCCAACGGAGCCUCGACUCCCGGAAGCCCAGCACUUGCUACGACCCCGAUUACCUCGAGUGGUGGCGGUGGUUUGGGCAGAAGCAAUACUGUCCCUUCAAAGAAAUCGCCUCAUAUCCCCUCGGGUCGUUUUCAGCGACAGGAUGGUUCCUCGGCAGCCGCAGCCACAUCAACGUCGCCCUCGCCAGGGACCAGCAAGACUACGCCACCUCCCACUGUAGAAGAAACGCCAGUACAAUCGACUGGUGAGCUGUUGAGUGUUGCACAAGCCAGUGGUCCGGAAUCCAGUCUGGGCCCCGGCUCGGUCGCAGCUCAGAAGAGCAAUGAAAAGCUCUUGGAUCCAUCGUCGGCAGCAACGUCGGAAGCAACAACGCCCGCCAAGGAGCGAAUCAUUCAAAAUCUAUUCAAUCUGUCGCCCCCCGAUGGCGACAAGAGACAGCCUAACAAGCUCCGCAAGAAGAGGAUACCAGGUAGCGCUAAUCCUAGUGCGCAGAGCUCUACCGCCUCCCUCACUCAUUCCGGAGCUAUUUCGCCUGCUCACGAGUCUAACAAUCCUUUUGACAAGUCGACUCGCAUUGAACCCACCGUUCCCGAGGACGUGCCAGCCGAGACGACCUCGGAAUCAACGCCGACAACCGCGGCAGCGCCUUUUGCAGGAACUUUGCCAACGACACAGACGGAGCCAACCAGGACUCUCAAGCCCAAGCCCUCACCACCUACCUCGCUUCAUUCUUCUUUCAACGAAGGCUCGGAUUUGGAACAGAUUGACGAUAAUGCGUCAAAUCAUGGACUUGAGCAGGAUAAAGAAAGAAAACGGCGGUGGAGGCUGUCAAGAAAGAAGGAAGACAUGCCCGGCGCUCAGCACUUUCACCACCAUAACCUCGGCGUGAAUAAUCAUGCUGAAGGUAGCACGUCAACCAUUGGCAGCGGAGGAAGGGUGCGAAAGAGCUGGACGGGCGAAUCGUCAGAUGUUGCUGCUACUUUGGCCGAGACAGAGUCUGCCAGAGAAAGGGACGAAGCAAGGGGACCGCUGGGCUGGAUCAAGAACAAGUAUCGCGAAGCAAAGGAGACUGCAGAUCAAAAGCGGGCCAAGUCACCGCCCGAGGACCAAGGUAUUCAUGGAUUCUUGCCACGUCGAGGCAAGAGCAUCGACAUGAAGAGAAGCAACGAGGACAAGCCGGCAGAAACCAACAGUGAACCUCACAAUGUCCCCCUGCCCAUGUCGCCACCCCCGGGGCGUACCACGCACGAAGAAGUCCCCAAGGCUUCGUAG